AUCAAGCUCUCCAGUUCCCCAACAAGCAAUCCUUCUGAGCAGCCGGCACUCGCAAGUACAGUACAUACCUUCACCAUGAGGCUCACCGUGUCCAAGACUCUUGCCCUCCUCUCCGCCACCGCCGCCACCGUCACCGCCCUGGCAGAGGUAUCUAUCGACUUCUACUUGUUCAACACCACUUGCUCCUUGGACAAGCCCACCACCUACACCAUCCUGGAGAACUCCUGCUUCGGCAUCGAGGGCUGGCCCUGGGGCUCACUCGCCCCUUACCUCGCCGACGGUACGACCUGCAGCGAUGCCACCAAGACACCCGUGCUGUACACCUGGACCGACUACAACGAGCAGGACUAUGACAACUGCGGUAGCACCCUCUACGCUACCUACGACGUCACCGAUGAGCACACCUGCUACCCUGUGGACGCGGAGUAUCUCCAGCGGCUGCAGGUCAAGUGCGAGUAGGGUGUUUGAUGAAGCUAUCAGGGAUGUAUGUACAUAGGAGCGGGUGCUGUGGUGUGCCUUGUGCAGAGAGCCAGGGCAGAUAGCAAGAUUCUAAGGGUGACAAGUAGUUCUGGAGUCUCUACAGCCUUCAAGUCACUAUUAAUCACACAUUAUUGGUGUAUCUUGCUGCCUGGUCAAUACAGUAGUAGUUAACCUAGAAUGAAGAGGAUCUGCCCCUUUGAUUGCCAUGUAUUCUCACUACACCGCCCCAGGUUAUGAGUACUAUGC